ACCCUCGUGGGAUACAGACCGCUAUUCUCAGAGUCAGGAGCCACAGUCGGACAAGUGUGGCCUGAUAAAAAGGAGCGUGAAAGCAGGGACGGGGACGCUCAUUUCAAGGUGAAAGAUUUGAAUGGACUGCACGCACACUCGGGUGUGGGUUUGAGCCCCGGAAAUCAUCUUGCGCUGUGAUCGGACUGCAGACCGGCUCCCUCAGCUCCCCAAAGUGGCACGUUAUGGCAGUCUAGAGUGACGCGUCAGCCACAACAGACGACAACAUGAAGGUGACGGCCCUGCUCAUCAUUUGCUCCUGCGUGAUCUCGGGAAACUCAGGAAAGCCACAAUUCCCCGAGCGGGAGAAAGAUCCCCAGUUUUGGAAUACACUGGCUCAGCAGACACUGAAGGAGGCGCUGAUGCAGCAAAAGCUUAAUCAAAACGUAGCCAAGAACCUCAUCCUCUUCCUUGGAGAUGGGAUGGGCGUUCCCACGGUCACAGCCGCUCGAAUCCUGAAGGGUCAGCUGAAAGGACAGAGCGGAGAGGAAACGCAGCUGGAGAUGGACAAGUUCCCUUUCGUCUCUCUCGCCAAGACGUACAACACUAAUGCACAGGUGCCAGACAGCGCCGGCACCGCCACGGCUUACCUCUGCGGGGUGAAGGCCAACGAGGGCACGGUGGGGGUGAGUGCAGCUGCCGUCCGCUCCCAGUGCAACACCACCGAGGGCAACGAGGUCACCUCCAUUCUCAAAUGGGCGAAGGACUCAGGCAAGUCGGUGGGAAUCGUGACGACAACGCGAGUCAACCACGCGACACCCAGCGCCGCGUACGCCCACAGCGUGGACAGGGACUGGUACUCCGACGGCGAGAUGCCGCCUGAAGCUCUGCAGGCCGGCUGCAAGGACAUCGCCAGGCAGCUCAUGGAAAACAUUCCCAACAUCGAUGUGAUUAUGGGUGGAGGAAGGAAGUACAUGUACCCCAAAAAUCAGUCAGAUGUGGAGUACCCCAACAUCCCGAAGCAUAGCGGCACUCGGAAGGAUGGGAGGAACCUGGUAGAGGAAUGGAUCGCCAAAAAGAAGGAUAAGAAAGGCCAUUAUGUUUGGAACAAGAAGCAGGUCUUGUCCCUGAACCCCAACAACGUGGAUUACUUGCUGGGCCUCUUUGAACCCGGAGAUCUGACUUACGAGUUGGAGCGAAACAGUGAGACUGACCCUUCGCUGACCGAGAUGGUGGAGGUGGCCAUCAAGAUCCUGAGGAAGAACAGCAAUGGAUUUUAUCUGCUCGUAGAGGGUGGACGAAUCGACCACGGGCAUCAUGAGGGCAAGGCCAAGCAGGCUCUGCACGAAGCUGUGGAGAUGGACCGGGCCAUCGGCCGCGCUCAUCUCCUGACCAGCAUCCACGAUACGCUGACCGUCGUCACCGCAGACCACUCCCACAUGUUCAACUUUGGAGGCUACACGCACAGAGGAAAUACAAUAUUUGGUCUGGCUCCCAUGCUGAGCGACGUCGACCAGAAGCCCUUCACCUCUAUCUUGUACGGGAAUGGACCAGGUUACAAGCUCGUCAACGGAGCGAGAGAAAACGUCUCUACUAUUGACUUCGAGGAGAACAAUUACCAGGCCCAGGCGGCGGUCCCUCUGAGCAUGGAGACCCACGGGGGAGAGGAUGUGGCCGUGUUUGCCAAAGGACCUCUGGCGCACCUGCUGCACGGGGUCCACGAGCAGAACUACAUCCCCCACGUCAUGGCGUACGCAGCCUGCAUCGGCCAGAACAGGGAACACUGCAUCGCACACGACGGAACGGCCGCGUUGAAGCCCGCCCUGUCCAGCAUCGCAGCACUUCUCACAGUCACUCGGUUUCUGUGCUGACCUUCCUCACACACACCUGCUGGUUAUAACCACUUUUUUUAACCACUCUUACAUUUCAAGAUUUUGAUUCGUUAUGAUUUUUUUUUUUUUUUUUUUUUUUUUUUUUUUUUGUUACAUCCUCUUUACACAGUUUCUAUCAUGGGACCACUGUUAGACACAUUUUUGUUGUAAUGAUUAAUUGAUGAAAUCAUUAGUUUAUUUGCUUUUGUCAGUUUAUCCAAGUCUGUUCUAGAUAAAGUCAUCGACUGAUGCACCGAGGUGAUAAAGGUUUUUUUAGUAGAGAUCACCAUAAAAUAAAAAAAAACAUCUGAAAUUGUGAUUUGUUUAAUAGUUUAUUCCAAAAGGCUUUUGUGGCAAUUUGACCUUGUUAACUGUGAACCGUUCUGGUUUCAAUUGACUGAAUUUGCAAAUGUUGUCAAAUGUGCAGUUAUCAACAUCUACCUCACAAGCUUUCAAACGAUCACUCACAUAAUUAUUAUGGCCAGAGGAGAAACUGUCAAGAAUGAACUGUAUGGUGAAGAAAAAAAAGCACACAACUGAAUGUGUAAAAUGACGAAUCACUCGAAUAUUUUUUAGAUUUCUACUCAUCCAA